AUGCGAGCUCCGUCGACAGAUCUCCUCCGUGCGUUGCGUCGCGCAACCACCGCAUCACCGGGACUCCCUCUCCUCCGCCCAACGAACCCAUCCUCUCGACGAGCGCAGCAACAUCCCCUAGCCAUCGGCUUCACACGAGGUCAAACAUGCAGCUCCGUCCCACAAUCCUCUUCCUCGACGAGACACGCGGCGCGAGCCCUCUCGACGAGUCGUCAGGCACCAUCAUCCUCCUCCUCGGCCUCGUCCACAUCUAACCCAAGCACUUCCUCCUCCACCAGCCGCGCCCGCCCCCAACGACAGAUCAAUCCACGCGCACCGAGAAACCACGACCGCGGGCCCGUGUCCAAGGAACCCACGCAGACCGACUUCGCCAAGAUGGACAUCCUGGCCAGCGCGGGUGUCGAGGAACCCGCCACCUCGAUCGACGCCUGCACCGGCGACGGCUUCCACUUGAACAACGGCGUGCACACCUCCGGGGGGAAGGGCAUCAUGCUCGUUGCCGGCGAGGCGUUCGUGUGGCAGCCGUGGCUGUAUACGAAUAGUAGUACCACUGAUACUCCGACAAGCAAGACAAGUCCAAGCCCAAGCACGGCAGGUAGAGGCGGAGCCGGCGAUCAUUCCCAAGGCUUCACGGCCUUCCUCGACGCGCGGGGGCUACUGAAUUUCCCGCCCUCGACGCUCGGCCUGCUCGCGCUGCUCUACCCCAAACCCGACCUCCUGCUCCUGGGCACGGGACGGAGGCUGUGGAUGCUCUCGCGCGACACGCGGCGCUACCUGUCCGAGGAGCUGGGCAUCAAGGUCGACGUCAUGGACACGCCCAACGCCGCCGCCGCGUAUAACCUGCUGGUCAUGGAGCGCGGGGUCGAGGAGGUCGGCGCGAUCCUGGUCCCUGAGGGGUGGGCGGGACGGUAG